AUGGCUGCGGAAGUCGCCUCGCGGAAAUGCAUGGGCGUGGAUUGCGACAAGAUCGCAGGCACUCUCCAGUGCCCAACGUGCCUCAAGCAGGGUAGCGAUAGCUUUUUCUGCUCGCAAGACUGUUUCAAGCGGAGCUGGAGCGAGCACAAGACUCUCCAUAAAGCGAAGAGUAAUUUCCUCACCAACAUCUUUCCUCCAAAAGUAGUUUCUGAACCAGAUCCAGCCACGGGACACUACAAUCCAUUUCCUUCGUACCAGUUCGCCGGUCCCCUGAGACCCGUCUACCCCCUCUCGCCUAUGCGCACCGUCCCGAAGUCCAUCCCCCACCCCGACUAUGCAAAGGAUGGCAUCCCUCGUUCGGAACAGAAGUUUGUUGGCCGCCACAACAUCACCAUCUUGAACAAGGAGCAACAGGAGGGUAUGCGAAAGGUCUGCCGUCUGGCUCGUGAGGUGUUGGAUAUUGCGGCGCGCGAGGUCAAGCCUGGUGUGACGACCGAUUACAUUGACGAGGUGGUGCAUAAGGCCUGCAUAGAGCGCAAUUCUUACCCCUCGCCGCUGAACUACGUCCAUUUCCCCAAGUCUGUCUGCACGUCCAUUAACGAGACGAUCUGCCACGGUAUUCCGGACCAGCGCCCUCUCGAAGACGGCGACAUUAUCAACAUUGACGUGACCCUGUACCAUAACGGCUUCCACGGCGAUCUUAAUGAGACCUACUAUGUGGGCGAGAAGGCUCGGUCGAAUGCGGAUGCUGUCCGGGUGGUCGAGACGGCACGAGAGUGCUUGGACAAGUCAAUCGAGCUGGUCAAGCCCGGGAUGCUCUUCCGCGAUCCCGGAAAUGUCAUUGAGAAACAUGCCAAGAGCCGGAACUGUAGUGUGGUCAAGAGUUAUUGCGGACACGGCAUCAACCAGCUGUUCCAUUGUGCUCCUAAUGUUCCCCACUACGCGAAGAACAAAGCUGUCGGAACUGCGAAACCGGGCAUGUGCUUCACCAUUGAGCCCAUGAUCAACUUGGGAACGCAUCGUGACCGUACCUGGCCGGAUGAUUGGACCAGUACUACCGCCGACGGCUCUCUGUCUGCUCAAUUCGAACACACUCUGCUCGUCACCGAGGACGGCGUCGAAGUGUUGACUGCACGUCUCCCUGACUCGCCCGGUGGCCCUAUACCUAUGCCUGUUACCGAGGAAGCCAAGACGGAGGCAUGA